AUGACGUAGCUCAGCUUUGUAAACACAUUCCCAGUUUCUUUGGAAUUGAGAACAGCACGAGCGAGAAGCAGUGUCAUCGAGAAGCAGAAACGAAGAAGAUGAACCGCUGUGGUCUGUUAACUACUGAGAAGGAACCAGUUCCUCUGAAGAGCAUCGAGGUGGAGCUGCAGGUGAGGGACCAUGUGGCCACAGUGGUCUCUACUCUGAGCUACGACAACAAGGAGGACAAACCAAUAGAGGCUGUGUUCGUCUUCCCUCUGCCUGGAGACGCUGCCGUCUGUCAUUUCAGUGCUACCGUUGGUCAGACACAGAUUGUAGCUGAGGUGAAGGAGAAGCAGCAGGCUCGUGAGGAGUAUGAUGACGCCCUGAGCUCCGGUCAGCAGGCCUUCCUGUUGGAGGAGAGUGACCAGAGUCCAGACAUCUUUUCUCUGAGUGUGGGGAGUCUCCCUCCAGGAGAGAGCGCCUCCAUCAGGCUGGAGUAUGUCACUGAGCUGGCUGUGCAGGCUGAUGACGGCCUGAGGUUUUGUCUGCCUGCUGUGCUCAACCCUCGUUACCAACCUCAGGGAAGUGAGGGUCCCAGUGUUGAGGUGACAUCAGUUCCAGCGUCUCAGGUUCCCUACACUCUGUCUUUCUCUGUUCGACUGUCGUCUCCUCGUCCGAUCUCUAAAGUAGAGUCCAGCUCCUCCCUGGAGCCUCUCCAGUUCCUCAACGCAGAGCAAACCCAGGCCACAGUGAAGUUGGCUGCAGGACACAGGUUUGACAGAGAUGUGGAGCUGCUGGUUUAUUACAAAGAUGCCCACCAGCCCUCUGCUGUGGUAGAAGCAGGACAGGCCUCUGCAGAGCCUGGCUCUCUGAUGGGUGAUCAGGUGGUGAUGGUGAGCCUGUACCCUGAGUUUCCUCAGGCUGUCACUUCUAAAGGAGAGUUUGUAAUUUUACUGGAUCGAUCUGGGAGUAUGCAAAAUGCCCGCAUCAGCAGCGCCAGGGACACGCUGCUGCUCCUGCUGAAGAGUUUACCAAUGGGCUGCUAUUUCAACAUCUACGGCUUUGGCUCCACCUUUGAACACAUGUUCCCUAAGAGUGUGGAGUACAGCCAGCAAACCAUGGACGAGGCUCUGAAGAUGGUCAAAGAGGUGCAGGCUAAUCUUGGAGGAACUGAGAUUCUCUCACCCCUCCAACAUAUCUACAACCAGCCCUGCAUUACUAACCAGCCUCGACAACUUUUUGUUUUUACCGAUGGAGAAGUGGGAAACACCAUGGAAGUUAUUGAUCUGGUGAAGAAGAAUUCAGGUUCCCACAGGUGUUUCUCCUUUGGGAUCGGGGAAGGGGCCAGCUCUGCUCUCAUCAACGGACUGGCCAAGGAAGGAGGAGGUCACGCUCAGUUCAUCACUGGGACCGACAAGAUACAACUCAAAGUGAUGCAGUCGCUGCGAUUUGCUCUGCAGACAGUUGUGGAAAACAUCUCAGUCACAUGGGAUCUUCCCAAAGAAGCAUCCGUCACUGUCCUCUCUCCACCAAUCACAGCAAUAUUUCAGGGUCAAAGGUCACUGAUUUAUGCUCAGAUCACUGGACAGACUUCAGAAGUUGCAGAGGGCUCUGUGAAGGUGAAGUACAGUCUGGCUGAUCAGGACUUUGAGAACCAGCUCCACUUCAGUCUCAAACCAGCAGAGGACACUGGAUUAACAGUCCACAGGUUGGCUGCUCGGACUCUGAUCCGCUCCCUGGAGUUGGAGGACAGAGAGAGCAGAGGACGAGAUGGAGCGAUAAGGAAGAAGAUGGUGGAGCUCAGUGUCCAAUCAAGAGUGAGCAGCUCCGUCACUGCCUUUGUUGUCGUGAACAAAAGUGAUGGCAAAAAUAUUCAAGGACCUCUGGUGCGCAGAGAUAUUCCAGUACCUGGUACACGUGCUUUCGGCGGUCGGACUUUGCCUUCAAGGGAAAGGGCGCGCUCAGAUGAAGCUUUGCCUUCAAGACAAAGGAGGCGCGUAAAUGAAGUAUGCUAUAGGAUGGCCCCAAGGCCCCCACCUGAAGCAGAAAGGUUUCGUGAUUCACAUUCAAGAAGCGCCCCAUUUCACCAAGUGUACGAUUCUUUGGUCAUGGACAUGGAGGGAGCAGAAAUGUGUUGUCGUAGGCCUUCAAGCAGGGCCCCAUUUCACCAAGCUUUGUCUUCAAGGGGAAGGGAGCGCUCAUAUAAAGAUGACUGGUCGCCUCAGAACUCACCCACAGGCCCUUUGCUGCAGCUGGUCUCCCUCCAGAAGGCGUCUGGCUGCUGGCUGCUGGAUUCAGCUCUGGCUGCUGCACUGGGAAAAACCAGCGAGGAGGUGGAGAAGCCAAAGCCUGCACAGGUCAACCAGGACGUGUGGGCCACCGUUCUGGCUCUGAUCUGGCUUCAUGGUUUCAAGGCGGACGCUAAGGAAGAGUGGGAGCUGCUGGCUAUGAAGGCUGUGUCAUGGCUCCGUGCUCAGAACGCACCGUGUAUGAAAGAGUGUGUGGAAGCUGGAAAUACAGUGUUGGGCUGCAAGGUGGCGACAAAUGCUCUUGGCUUCUGAGGGUUUCUAUAAAGAGGAUUCUCUUCAAGAAGAAGCAGUUUGCCUCCAUUGUACAACAUCUACUUUAACUUUAGUUCAUACAGUCAACUUAUCGAUUGAAAUGAAUUAUGUUUGAGUUCAUCAAAUGUGAAUGAG